AUGGCAAGUGAGGAAGAGAGUUUUCUUGUCUUAGUGCAUUGCUCUGGGAAAAUCCAAAGAAGCAAAAAAUCUGGUGUGAAGUUCACUGACAGAGAACCACUGAGUGUUUUCAUCAGUUCAUCAAGCACUUUGUCAGAUUUGAAGAACAGCAUCUUGCAGAAGUUUGGGGUAUUUGGUAGCAAGUGGGUGAAGAAGCUAUUCUACAAGAUUUCCAUCGCAGUUGUCUCGACCGGUAUUAAGUAUGAUACGUUUGUGCUAGCGGCUGAUGAAGAUAUUAGGGUUCUGUUUCAUUGUGUUAGGAGUUUUCCGGAGGUCAGAAUACACGAGUUGUUCGCGAAGUUGGAGGUUGGUGUCGAUAGUUCUGGGGCAUCAGCUCCAGUUCAUAGCUCGACUGCCGCGGGAGGUGCGUCUAGCUCGAUGCCUGCGGUCAGAUCAUCUGUUCUGCUGGUCGCAUCCCCUUCAUUCGCGGCUGAUUUAGAUCGAACGGAGGUUGUUGGUUCUGUACCUUUGGAGAAUCCAGGGGUCUGUGAGCAGGCAUAUGAGGUGGGCACCGAUGGUGGCAUGAUUCAUGAUGUGCAAGGCUUUGGAGAACCUGAUCGAGUAGAGAAUGCAAUGUGUGACGAUGACUCUGACCAGGAGCCUGUAGAUAUCAUUGGGGAGACAGCGAUGAUGACACAGUAUCCUCCAUACUUCUCCACUCUAAACUUGGAGGCUCUAGGUCAACAGGCGGACGGUGGUCCUACAGUUGGAGGCUCUUCUACAGAAUUUCAGAUUGGGCAAUCAUUCCAGAAUAAAGAUGAGGCUGUUUUGAGUGUGAAGGACUAUAGCAUCCGUCGAGGUGUUCAGUACAGAGUCAUCGAAUCAGAUCAUCUGAAGUAUCAUGGAAAAUGCAAGGAGUUCGGGAAGGGUUGCAGUUGGUUGAUUCGCAUAGCGCUGCGUCAACGAAAGGGCACUUGGGAGGUUAGGAGGUAUAACGGGCCACACACGUGCUUAGCAACCUCUAUUUCCAAUGAUCACCGUCAAUUGGAUUACCACGUUAUCUGUGCGAGGAUUCUUCCCUUGGUUAGGGCAGAUGCUGCGGUUACGGUAAAGGUCUUGCAACAAGCUACAGAAGCCGAUUACGAUUUCAGGCCUAGUUACAGGAAGGUUUGGAUGGCCAAACAGAAGGCAGUGGCACAAAUAUAUGGAUAUUGGGAAGAGUCCUACGCAGAGUUGCCACGUGGGAUUCUAGGGGUACAAUCGACCAUGGCUGGGACAGUUACUGUGUUGAAGACCUCUCCUGUUUGA